GUGCUCUAGCGCUAACGUAAUGUACCUAGGUACAUAUGAAAAGGUGCAAGAUCUUUGGGGACGUUCUAAAAAAAAUAUUUCCUAAGACAACAGCCCCUCACAUUAUCUAAAGGACCCUCAUAACCACAUAUUAUAAUAAUAUAAGACGAUGCAAUUGAAGGAGAUCCAACGGCUUGAGCUGCCGCCUGCGGCAGACAUGCACGUCCAUUUGCGACAGGGAGAGCUCAUGGAGUUGAUGGUUCCCACCGUGCGUCAAGGCGGUGUUGACACUGUAUUUGUCAUGCCUAACCUUAUUCCUCCCUUGACGACUGUUGAACAGGUGCUUGAAUACCGAUCUAAACUACAAGCAAUAGCCCCAGAUGUGACUUUUCUUAUGUCACUAUUCCUUCACCCGUCCGUGACGCCCGAUGUCAUCGCAAAGGCUGCUGCAUCUGGCAUUACAGGUGUAAAAAUGUACCCACAGGGAGUAACCACCAAUUCUGAGUCUGGCGUCUCGAAUCUUGAGGCCUUCUAUGCUACGUUUGCAGCCAUGGAACAACAUGACUUAGUACUGAAUCUCCAUGGCGAAGUCUUGGAAUCUCUGGCACCAGCCGGUACAACACUUGAAGAGGCGUUCCUGCCAACUCUGAAGACGCUCCACGAGCGCUUCCCGAAGCUACGCAUUGUACUUGAGCAUUGCACUACAGCAGCAGCCGUUGAAGCUGUGAAGGCCUGCGGACCCACGGUCGGAGCUACAAUUACUGCCCACCAUCUCUAUCUCACUUCCGACGAAGCUCAGUGCGACCCCUUCGCUUUCUGCAAGCCUAUUCCAAAGAACCCCUCAGAUAGGGACGCAUUGGUCAGGACGGCUGUCAGUGGCAAUCCGAAAUUUUUCUUUGGAAGUGACAGUGCCCCUCACCCUCUUCAGUCUAAGACGUCUGCCGAGAAAGGCAAGGCCCCAGCUGGAGUGUUCACUCAGCCCUACGUUACACAGCUCGUCCUCCUUGCCCUCGAGGAGGCUAUUGACCGUGGAGUAAUCACGGAAGUGGAUGUAACGGAAGAAAAAUUGGCCGGGUUCCUCAGCCAGUUUGGGCGACACUUCUAUAAGCUUCCCGAAAGCUCGGGCAAGAAGAUCGUUUUAGAGAGGAAGGGGGAGAAGAUACUCGCAAGUGUGUCGAACAAGGACCGCAGCAUCGAGGUAGGGAUCUCGAAGGCGGGGUCUGAAGUGUUUACUUUAAGUUGGGAGUAAGUGCGGUGACUACGGAGAAAGAGAUGGUAAGGAGUUAAGGACUUGAGGUACCACAAAACAGAGGGGAAGGCAAGAAAGGUCGAUUCAUAUCUAUAAGAGGUAGACGGUUAGAACCGACCUCAGGCAUGCUUCGUUCUUAUCAAAUAACGCGUUAUAUACCCGUUAAAGGAACAUGCGACUUUUAGAGAACGCAGAUAAAGUUUUAAACCUUAUCAAUACUAACCUUGUCUGAAGCUGUAAAGCAGAGCGAGCCGAUUUAAUACUCGGUGUAGGAUAUCUGUCUCGAUAGAGGGGAGGAUUUUGAUACUACCUCCUAUGCAAUAGCUUGGUUGCUUACCGAGGUACUGUAGAUAUUGAAGGGUUAUAUUCCAGUAAGGACAUUAGAUAGAAAACAAGCGCAGUG